AUGUUUAGGAUAUUCUCCGAUAAUUUUUCUGUUCAAAAUGGCAAGCGUCCCAUCCAAAUUGGUGCCAAAUAUUGGGAUACAAAACGCGCUCUACAGCGUGUUAUAUAUGAUGCAACGUCUGUAGGCUCUAGUAAUAUAAAAAGUAAUAACAUUUAUGGUUCAACUUAUGUCACAAUCAACUCUGCUACAAAUUACAAGGAUUAUCCAACCAAGAAAAUAAAGCUCUCUACCAAGAAUCCAUGCAAGAAUACUGGAAUUUUUAACGGCUUUGUGCUUCCAUGUCACAGUAAUCUUAUGUUCCUUGCACUGACAUUUCAUACCGUUGUUGUAUACUAUAUCGCUUAA